AUGAGCGGCCUACGCUUCCUUGAUCUGAUCAAGCCCUUCACGCCCCUCCUCCCGGAGGUGGCUGCGCCUGAAACCAAGGUGCCCUUCAACCAGAAGCUGAUGUGGACGGGUUUGACUCUCCUGAUCUUCCUGGUCAUGAGCCAGAUGCCUUUGUACGGUAUCGUGUCCUCCGACACCUCUGACCCCCUGUACUGGCUGCGUAUGAUGCUUGCCAGUAAUCGUGGAACCCUGAUGGAGUUGGGUAUCACCCCCAUCAUCUCCUCUGGCAUGGUCUUCCAGCUCCUCGCCGGAACCCACCUCAUCGAUGUCAACCUGGACCUGAAGACCGACCGCGAGCUUUACCAGACCGCCCAGAAGCUGUUCGCCAUCAUCCUCUCAUUCGGUCAGGCCUGUGUGUACGUUCUGACUGGUCUCUACGGCCAGCCCAGCGACCUUGGUGCUGGUAUCUGUGUGCUUCUGAUUGUUCAGCUGGUCGUGGCCGGUCUGGUCGUUAUUCUUCUGGAUGAGCUUCUCCAGAAGGGCUACGGUCUUGGCAGCGGUAUCUCUCUGUUCAUCGCGACCAACAUCUGCGAGUCUAUUGUGUGGAAGGCCUUCUCCCCCACCACAAUCAACACUGGCCGUGGUCCCGAGUUCGAGGGUGCUAUCAUUGCGCUGUUCCACCUCCUUCUGACUUGGCCCGACAAGCAGCGUGCCUUGUACGAGGCCUUCUAUCGCCAGAACCUGCCCAACGUGAUGAACCUGCUGGCCACUCUCCUGGUCUUCGCCGCUGUCAUCUACCUGCAGGGCUUCCGUGUUGAAAUCCCGGUCAAGUCCGCUCGCCAGCGUGGUAUGCGCGGUUCUUACCCCGUUCGUCUCUUCUACACCUCCAACAUGCCCAUUAUGCUCCAGUCCGCUCUGAGCUCCAACGUCUUCCUGAUCUCCCAGAUGUUGUACUCUCGCUUCUCGGACAACCUGUUGGUCCGCCUUCUCGGUGUCUGGGAGCCUCGCGAGGGCUCGGCCCAGCUGUACGCUGCUUCUGGUAUCGCCUACUACAUGUCCCCUCCCUUGAACUUCAAGGAGGCCCUCCUCGACCCCAUCCACACUGCUGUGUACAUCGCCUUCAUGCUCGUUGCCUGCGCUCUCUUCUCCAAGACUUGGAUCGAGGUCUCUGGCUCGGCCCCCCGUGACGUUGCCAAGCAGCUCAAGGAUCAGGGUCUGGUCAUGUCCGGUCACCGUGAGCAGAGCAUGUACAAGGAGCUCAAGCGUGUCAUCCCCACUGCUGCCGCCUUCGGUGGUGCCUGCAUUGGUGCUCUGUCCGUUGCCUCCGAUCUUCUCGGUGCCCUUGGUAGCGGUACUGGUAUCCUCCUUGCUGUCACCAUCAUUUACGGAUACUUCGAGAUCGCCGCCCGCGAGGGUGACAUUGGCGCUGGUCUCAAGGGCCUCGUUCCUGGCAGCUAG